AUGCAUCUGCUGCCACUGAACUACUACAUUAUGCUCUGCGCCACACACUGCGCCACUCACUGCGCCACACACUGCGCCACACAACUGUGCCACACACUGCGCCACACACUGCGCCACAGCACUGCGCCACACACUGCGCCACUCACCUGCGGCCACUCACUGCGCCACACACUGCGCCACACACUGCGCACUCACUGCGCCACUCACUGCGCCACACACUGCGCCACACACUGCGCCACACACUGCGCCACACCUGCACCACCCACACUGCACUACGCUCUGCUCUACACACUACACUACACACUGCACUAUACUCUACACUAUUCUCUUGAGUUACUACUAUGUGGCAGUAUGGAUAAAGGAACACUGGGUUCAGGAUCAAAGAACAAUAUCUUCUACAUCCUGCUGAGAGACUGGGGUCAGAUGGAGGCAGCUGACGCCAUGAGUCGCCUUGCCCGAGUCGCACCUACAUACCUCUCUAACCGUGGGUUCUCCAUUGGGAUCGGGGACGUGACCCCUGGUCAGGGUCUGCUGAAGGCCAAACAGGAACUGCUGGAUGCUGGAUAUAAGAAAUGUGACGAGUACUUGAGGCCCUGAAUAACAGGAAAACUCCAACAACAGCCAGGUUGUACAGCUGAGGAGACUCUGGAGGCGCUGAUCCUUAAGGAGUUGUCAGUAAUUAGAGAUCACGCUGGCAGUGCAUGUCUGAGAGAGUUGGACAAGAGUAACAGUCCUCUCAUCAUGGCUCUGUGUGGCUCAAAGGGGUCGUUUAUUAACAUCUCUCAGAUGAUAGCGUGUGUGGGUCAGCAGGCCAUCAGUGGCUCUCGAGUUCCUGAUGGCUUUGAGAAUCGAUCUCUGCCGCACUUUGAGAAACACUCAAAACUUCCUGCAGCUAAAGGCUUUGUGGCAGACAGUUUUUACUCAGGUUUGACCCCCACUGAGUUUUUUUUCCACACUAUGGCUGGCCGUGAGGGUCUGGUGGACACGGCAGUGAAAACAGCAGAGACCGGAUACAUGCAGAGGCGUUUGGUGAAGUCUCUGGAGGAUCUGUGUACUCAGUAUGACCUCACUGUGCGCAGCUCCACUGGUGACAUCAUCCAGUUCAUCUACGGAGGAGACGGACUCGACCCCGCCGCCAUGGAGGGCAAAGACGAACCACUCGAGUUCAAGAGAGUGCUGGAUAACAUCCGGGCUGUCUACACCUGUGCUGAUGAACCUGCUCUGAGUAAAAAUGAGCUCGUGCUGACUGCUGAAUCCAUCAUGAAGAGGAAGGACUUCACCUGCUGCAGAGACACAUUCUUACAGACAAUGACUGGUACUGGAAGCCAGAAGUUUAUGGAGGAAAUUAAAAAAUUUAUCAACAGCGUGUCUGAGAAAAUCAAGAAAACCAGAGACAAGUACGGCAUAAAUGAUAACGGAUCCACAGAGCCUAAAGUUUUAUACCAGCUGGACAGAAUCACUCCCACACAACUGGGGAAAUUUCUGGAAACCUGCAGGGACAAGUACAUGAGAGCUCAGAUGGAGCCCGGGUCAGCCGUGGGUGCUCUGUGUGCUCAGAGUAUCGGAGAACCUGGCACUCAGAUGACCCUGAAGACCUUCCACUUUGCAGGUGUGGCGUCGAUGAACAUCACUCUGGGGGUCCCACGUAUCAAAGAAAUCAUCAACGCCUCAAAGAACAUCAGCACCCCCAUCAUCACCGCUCACCUGGACACAGAGGACGACGCAGACUUCGCUCGACUGGUGAAGGGCAGGAUUGAGAAAACACUCCUUGGAGAGAUAUCAGAGUACAUAGAGGAGGUGUUUCUGCCCGAUGACACUUUCAUCCUGGUUAAACUUUCACUUGAGAGGAUCCGCCUGCUCAGACUGGAGGUGAACGCAGAGACAGUGAGGUACUCUAUCUGUAUGAGUAAGCUGAGAGUGAAGCCUGGUGACAUUGCGGUUCAUGGUGAGGCGGUGGUGUGUGUGUCUCCUCGGGAGAACAGCAAGAGCUCCAUGUACUAUGUCCUGCAGUCACUCAAACAGGAGCUACCCAAGGUUGUUGUACAGGGCAUUCCUGAGGUUUCCCGUGCUGUGAUCCACAUCGAUGAGCAAAGCGGUCAUCAGAAGUUCAAGUUGUUGGUGGAAGGAGAUAACCUGCGUGCUGUCAUGGCAACACACGGUGUCAACGGCAACCGCACCACUUCCAACAACACCUAUGAGGUGGAGAAGACGUUGGGUAUCGAGGCUGCGAGGACGACCAUCAUUAACGAGAUCCAGUACACCAUGGUGAAUCACGGCAUGAGCAUCGACCGGCGUCAUGUCAUGCUGCUCGCUGAUCUCAUGUCCUACAAGGGGGAGAUCCUGGGCAUCACUCGCUUUGGCCUGGCUAAGAUGAAGGAGAGCGUCCUGAUGCUGGCCUCGUUUGAGAAGACCGCUGAUCAUCUGUUCGACGCUGCGUAUUUCGGACAGAAAGAUUCUGUGUGUGGUGUAUCUGAGUGUAUAAUUAUGGGAAUCCCCAUGAACAUUGGCACUGGUCUGUUUAAACUCUUACACAGAGCCGAUAGAGACCCCAAUCCUCUACAGAGAUCCUUGCUGUUUGACAUGGCUGACUUCCACAUACCACUCGCCUCCUAACACACACACACACACACACACACACCAUAACAUUGUUUUAUGAUGUAUAUAUAUAUAUGAGACAGAGUACACAUUAAACCUGUGUAUAUGACAUAUAUAUAAAAUAACAAUCUUUAAGGAUGGUUGUUUCUAUCACAGUGGAUUAAUUCCUGAAAUUAUGGGUUUAAUAAAUUUGCUUUAAUUUAAUGAAAUAAAACAAAUUGAGGCUUUUUGUUGAAUGUUAAGCUUUGUGCUUCAAGUCUUCUGUGUUUUUGUGUAAAUAAACCUGGAUGUGAAUAAAGUGUACAUUAAAGAGGA